CAUCCUUCUUCCAUAUUAACUUCUCUAUUAUUCUUGUUACUCUAUUCUCGUUUUCACUUUUCCUCAACUCUCAAUCCUCAAUAUCGUCCCCUUCAUUUAUCACCAUGGAAGACAUCGCUCCUGAGUAUGACGUUGUUGUGCUCGGCACAGGCUUGACUGAAUGUGUGCUUUCAGGUGUUCUGAGUGUCAAGGGACAAAAGGUCUUACAUAUUGAUCGCAAUGAUCACUAUGGAGGUGAAGCAGCUUCGGUCAACAUAAAAACGCUCUUUAAAAAAUUUGGAAACCUAAGCCCCGACGACGAACCGUGGAAGAAAUAUGGCAGAGACAACGAUUGGAACGUCGACCUGGUCCCGAAGUUGCUCAUGUCAAACGGAGAAUUGACAAACAUUCUCGUUUCUACCGACGUUACAAGAUACCUUGAGUUCAGACAGAUUGCAGGUAGCUAUGUGCAGCAGGGAAGUGGCUCGAAGGCCAUGGUUGCCAAGGUUCCGUCGGAUGCCGGCGAGGCCCUUCGAUCUUCAUUGAUGGGCCUUUUUGAGAAGCGCCGUGCGAAAAAGUUCUUAGAAUGGGUUGGCGAUUUUGAUGAGACAAAUCCGAGUACCCACCAAGGUCUUAACAUGGCAACUUGCACUAUGAAGGAAGUCUAUGACAAAUUCGGACUGGAAGAUACUACCCGCGAUUUCGUCGGUCACUCCAUGGCGCUCUAUCAGUCGGAUGAGUACAUCACAGCCCCUGGCAAGGCAGGCGAAACUGUUAAUCGGAUCCGUCUAUAUGUGAACUCGAUGGCUCGCUAUGGAAAAUCACCUUACAUCUAUCCUCUUUACGGCCUUGGAGAAUUGCCUCAGGGCUUUGCUCGCCUCUCUGCAAUCUACGGUGGCACUUACAUGCUCAAUACUGAUAUCGAUGAAGUUCUCUACGAAGAUGGCAAGGUCUCGGGCAUUAAGGCAACCAUGAAAGAAAAGGGCGAACCUGGUCCAGGAAUGAGUUUCUCAACCAAGACAAAGAAAAUCAUUGCUGAUCCGUCUUACUUCCCCGGAAAGGUUCGAGUGACUGGAUACCUUCUCAAAGCUAUCUGUAUCUUGAAUCACCCCAUCGACAAGACCGACGGAAGUGAUUCGCUCCAGCUUAUUAUCCCACAGUCCCAAAUUGGACGGAAACAUGAUGUCUACAUUGCCAUGGUCUCCUCUGCUCAUAAUGUGUGUCCAAAGGGCUAUUACGUCGCCAUCGUUUCCACGAUCGCUGAAAAUGAGGCCAACCACCAUCUUGAACUGGAAGCUGGAUUCCAGCGUCUUGGUAAAAUCGAAGAGACAUUCAUGGGCCCUCCAAUCCCGCUUUACGAGCCGGUUGACAGUGGCACGGCGGAUAACAUCUAUAUCUCAAAGAGCUACGAUGCCACUAGCCACUUUGAGACGACAACAGAUGAUAUCCGGGACAUCUAUCGCAGAUCAGAGGGACAUGAGUUGGUGGUCGACGGCCUUCGCGAGGGAACUACCUUGGUCAGCGAACAAUAAAUCCCUACCUUUUUCUCCAGGCGACUACAAAUGCCGCUUGUCUUUCAUUUUUGGUUUCGAUCGCUUGAU